CCGAAUUCGAAAUGGCCGGUGUGCAGUCGGAUCCACAUUUCUUUGAGGGAACCGAAAAAUUGCUUGAAGUAUGGUUUGAAUCAACAAACGGAGAUGACAGUUUUGAUCUUAGAAUUAUAGAAAGGUUAGACUGGGAACAUCUUCUGAGGAUAGUGAGAUGUGAGAUCAUCAGCAAGAGUUCCAGUGAUGAUAUGGAUGCAUAUGUUUUAAGUGAAAGCAGUAUGUUUAUAACACAGAAACGAUUCAUACUAAAAACUUGUGGUAGGACGACUCUGCUACUUGCCAUGGAACCAUUAAUCAGAUUGGUACAGGAGAAAUGUGGUGACCAUAAAGUUGUGGAUGUGUUUUACUCGAGGAAGAAAUUUGCAAAGCCAGAGCAACAACACAAGAUACACAGAACUUUUGAAGAUGAGGUACACCACCUUGAUCAGUUGUUUAAAAAUGGCGCAGCUUACACACUUGGGAAGAUUAAUAAAGACUGUUGGCACUUGUACAUGUUGGAAGAUGUACCUGGCGUGAAAGAUCCAGAUCAGACCAUUGAACUUUUAAUGUGGGACAUGUGUCCAGAGAAGAUGAAGAUAUUUACCAAGGAAAUUUCAGAAAAUGGUUCAGAAGCUACAAAGAAAUCUGGGAUAAUUGAUAUCAUACCAGGUCUUCAGAUUGACGACUUCUUGUUUGAACCAUGUGGAUAUUCUAUGAAUGGAAUUCUGCCAGGGGGAUAUUACAUUACUAUUCACAUUACACCAGAGCCACAUUGCUCCUAUGUUAGUUUUGAAAGCAAUGUUCCUCAAGAAUCAUAUUAUGAUUUGGUUCAUAAAGUAUUGGGUUGCUUCAAUCCAGGGAAAUUUCUGAUGACUGUCUUCUCUAACAAGAUUUCCAUUGCCAAAGAGUCUCACAAGCAUUUUGAAGAUUUGUACCGGUUGAAAGGCUAUAAGAGGAAAGAUCAUCAGUUCUGUGCCUUCCAGAACUACAAUCUUACUUACACCAUGUACACACGACCAAUCAUCUAGGAGAUGUGGUCCGGAAGUCUCCCAAUUGAGGUCCAGAAUGUAGAUAAUGUGUGGACUCAAUGUAGCCUUUGCAGCUGUCCUGGGAAACUUCCGCUUUAUAUUUGUAGUAUUAGAUUUGCUUUCAAUAUUACUAUAUAUUUAUUUGUAACAAUGUGUGUGUAUUAUGUACAUCUUUGGGCUACUUCUAAAACAAGAAAGAAGUACCACUUAAGAUUCAAUUUCAACUGUCAGAAACCUAGAUAAAUUGGCUUUACCUUUGAUAGACUUUUCCAGCAUUUUGUAUAUUUAAGGUCUGUUUUAGGAUCAUGAUUGUUAUACUUAAGAAUACUACAAAUUUUUACUUUUAAGUUUUUUAUUUGUAAUAGUGGAAUAUGAGGUUUUUUCUCAUAUUAGUUUUUGUAGCUAGUGUGUUUUUAAUUUCUUUUAUUGAGCAAAAUUUUCUUUUUGUUUAACCUCAAUUUAUUUUCACAUUUUCCGAAGAAAAAGUUUUAUGGUUUAAUAUCUAAUAAAGUGCUUAUAUUAAUACAAUUUUGAAUUAAAUCCUAAUGAUGGUACUUGAGGUGGGUACCAGUGUGAUUGAAAUAAAUUAAAAAAUAAUAAACCGGAUUAUAUGAUUUUUCAACAGGUUACCUUUUCUGUGGUAGGACAUCCUGGUACCAAGUCAAGUAAGAUCAAGGUAAAGAAGUAAAACCAAGCUUUCAAUCGGUACAAUUUUGGGGGAAAAUUAACUGUUUUACAUUUUUUUUACACGACAAAAGCAUCGGAAAACAGUAAACUUUCCCCUUAAAUUACACCGAUUUUAUGUUUGAUUUUACUUAUUUUUGUUGCUCUUACAGGACCGAGUACCAGGAUGUCCAUCCAAAGAAAAGGUAACCUGUUGAAAAAUUAUAUAAUCCAGAGUCAAAAGUCAGUAAGAUGAAAAUAGUCUAUUAUAAGAUCUAGAUAUGACAUAUUUUAAGGGCCUUUUGUGCUAAAACAGCAAAGUUUUACAAAUUUAUACGAAUUUGUUCGAAAAAAAUGUAAAUGCAACUUCACAUUUUAAGAAUAUUCACUCAGAUUUUAAGGUAAAAAGAUGACAAAAUUACAGUAGUUUCGAUUUUUUUGUCAGUUGGAAAUAUCAAGUGUAUGCAAAACCAUAUGAAAAUUUAUAAGAGGGGUGGUUUUCAAAUUGACAAAUACUGUGGAAAAUCAUCUAGUGGUUCUCAUAUGAGUUCUAUAUUUGAAAAUCUGAAAUCCAAUUAAAAAACAAAAAUAUCUAUCCUUCUUCAUAAACAUGCUUAGAAAUCUCCUUUAUAUGCUAUCGUUAUUUCAUGUAUUGUCAUACCAUGGGUCCUUAUUUAUCUGGUUUCAGUUUUGUAAUAUUUCAAUUUUGAUAAAGACAAAAUUGAAAUAUUCCAAUAGCAAUUUUUUGUAACUUCCUCAAAAUGCAUUUACAGAAUACAAAUACAAAAUUUGAAUGUGACUUUCUGAGGGCAUUGAUAGAAUUUUGUGUUCAGAUUUUCAACUGUUUUGUAAUAUUUCUGUUUGGCCAGUAAUGUUUACAUUUAUACAUCUGAAUUUUCUAUAUGCAUGGCUGCCUUGUUAUUUUUAUGGAAAAAGGCAGUCAGUCAAAAUCAUUUGAAUACUUAGUUGUUUGUGGGAUAAUUAUUAACCAUGGCUUUCAUUUAAAUAUAGGUGUGAAUGUGUUCAUUUCCUUUUAAAGGCUUGUGCUCAGAUUUUGUCAAAACCACAAAAUCAAAUAUCUAGGUAAAUAGUUUUUCCUCAAUCCAUGAAAAUAAAUAAAUCAAAAGUAUAUAAUUUUUAGCCAUCAUGGCUCUUCCAAAACUGAUCAUGUAGGGGGAUUGAAGCACUUAAUUAAUGGGGGAUGUUUGCAUUUAUUUUCCUUAGAAUUUUAGUAAAAUAAAAAUCUAAUAUUAUGGGUUGUUGGAGUAUUAAAAAAGUGACUCCAUGUCCCCAUAUGUUUAAUUCUGGAACAUAUAUACAAUACAUGUACAAAGUAUUUGCUCCUCAAGACAAUUUUCAUUUUGAUUAAAAUCAGAUCUUUUACACACCCUAAAAAACAAAUCUAUCAGAACAUAGUGAAAGAUCUGAUUUUAAUCAGAUUGGCUUAUUUUAAAUUAGAUUUUAUAAAGGCACUUAAAAAAACAUUUAACUGCAGUCGUUGACAUCAACAAACAUGUCAUCUGGAUGGACUUGUUUUCUAUAACUGUGUAAAAACAUUGGAAAUAAAAUUUUAACACUUCAAACCAUGAAAAUGUUUCAUUGUAAAUUUUGUUAUUGUAAAAUUAAACCAAACCUGGCCCCAAUAAAUAACAAUAAUUUUUCUGUUUUAUCCAAAAAGUUGGUCUAUGCUGUGGUUUUGAAUAUGGGUUGUGCUUGAGAAGCUAAAAAUACUUUGUCUUAGACUAAAUGACUACAUGAAACUUUUAAAAUGCUGUACUUUUAUAAUUGAAUGUGAUGACUGAGCUAUUUAGCAUAUUUGAAUUACCGUGCUUUUACAGGAAGAUUUUUUGUCCCCCGCGUAACACUUUGUGGGGGACAUCGAAAUACCGGGCGUGUGUCCGUCCGUCCGUUUGUCCGUCUGUCCAGUCUUGUUAGCACUCUCACAGGUACAAUUCUUGCCAAAUAAUUAUAAAACUUAUACUUUAGGUUAAUAUCAGCAAUAUCUCGGACAAGUUCUAUAAUGAUGGCCGAUCGACUUUUUUAAAAGAGUUAUGACCCUUGGAAAUAUUAAAUUUAUGGAAAAUGGCCUCAUUAGCGCUCUCACGGGUACAAUUCUUGCCAGAUUUUAUAUAAAACUUAUACUAUAGGUUAAUAUCAGCAAUAUCUUGGACAAGUUAUAUAAUGGUGUAUGAUCAACUUUUUUUAAAAGAGUUAUGACCCUUGGAAAUAUUAAAUUUAUGGAAAAUGGCCUCGUUAGCGCUCUCAAGGGUACAAUUCUUGCCAGAUUUUUAUAAAACUUAUACUACAGAUUAAUAUCAGCAAUAUCUUGGACAAGUUUUAUAAUGGUGGACAAUUGACUUUUUAUUUUGAAAGAGUUAUGACCCUUGGAAAUAUUAGAUUUAUGGAAAAUGGCCUCGUUAGCGCUCUCACAGAUACAAUUUUUUAUAAAACUUAUAGUAUACUAUAAGUAAUGCCCUUGAAGGUCUGUUUGAAAUAUUUAGUAUACAAUAAAAAAACCUUUUUUGUCCCCAGCACAAGCUUUUUAUUUAUAAAUUGUUUUGAAGAACAACAAAAAAAGUUUUUUUUUUUUAAUUAUUGCCCCUGGAUAGAUAGAAUAUGUGCAACGCGGGGGGACAUUGGAACUCUAUUCUUUUAUUCAUAUUGCAAAGUAUAUCUGAUAAUUGUUAUGACAGUAAUAUAUAUACAUAUUUAUUGUUUUCCAAUUACUUUCUUACUUUUGUUAAAUCAUCAGAUAAUUUGGAAUUUUUCAUAUUUUUGUAUACAAUUAGUCAACAAAUAUACUCUACUUAAAUCUGUCGCCUGUUUAUUUGAAAACAAAUCUCUUUGUCAAGUGUUCAAAAUGUUGUUGAAAUAUUUCAUGUUAAAUAUAUAUACCGGUAAUAACAGUACAUAAUAGACAUUUUUCUUUUGUUAAGUUAACAACAUUGUUGAAAAUAUACUAGUUUGUUGUUGAAGACAUAUAAAGUUGUUAAAUAUAAUCAUAUAUAUAUUGUCUUGUUAAAAAUUUGUCAACAAACAUUUCAGAUAUCUUGUUCUUGUUAAAAAGUCAGAAUUUUGUGUAAUGAAUAUGUCUCUUAAAAAAUUAUGUUUUUUACCAUUUAUGACAGCUACUGAAUUUUAUUCUACCAUUUAAAAUUUGUUAUAAUUGAUCAGUUGUGACAUGUGGUUGCAUUUGAAUAUGUUUAAUAUGAAGAUGUGAUGGUUGUUAAGUUCAUCUUUAUUAGUUGUGUUCAUAUUAUAUAUAUUCAAAGUAUCAAUUUCGAAGGAGAAAAAAUCCAAUUGUUUCUUUCAGAAUUGAAAAGUUAUUGAAAGUAAUAAAAUAAAUGCAGAUUGACUUGUUUAAUAUGGUAAUCACAACUAUUUAAUGUCAGAUGGCCGGAUUAAAAAAAUAAAAUAUGUAUAGUGGCCAAGAUAUGAUUUUGAUAAUACAGUAUUGAGUUAAAUUUUACCAUUUGGGUACAAUGAUCAACGUACAUAUAGAGUCUUUUUUUAAAUUUACUGUAAAGUUGACAAUUCUUUCCAUUUCUUCAGUUUAUAUAUAAAAAAAAAUACCAAAAUCAAUACUAAUAGCAUAAUACUCAGUCAUUUGCUCACAGUUUAUUAAGUGAAAUCCAUAUGAAUAGCUUUGGAAAGAUAGUUAUGUUAACAGAAAUAAUCCUGAUAAAUGAUAUAUGCAUUCUUACAUUGUGAGUAGUUUGUUAACUUUCUCCUAUUAAAUGAGUCUUGUCAAAUUG